CACCUAACCUCUGAAACUUCUGCCGUUUGAAAUGAAAAUGAAUGUGACACUAUAAAACUGUAAAAGUCUUUGCGUUGCUGUAAGUUGGGAAUGAACAUUACGAAUGUUUCGAAACCUUCGAAAAGUGUUAAGUGCCUGAAACUUCCUCCGCUGUCGUGAAGGUAUUGGCUUUCAAUUUGUUUCUCUAUCCCUGGCUUCUCUGAACUUCAAUCGAACAGGAAGCACCCCAUUUCAAUUUUGUCAUAACUUUACUAAAAUCCAAUGAAUUUUAUGUAAUUGAUGAUAUUUCAUGCACCUACCAUGUAUCGAAAGCUGCUAUUACAGUCCAGCGCUCUGGUCGGAUGUGUCGGAGGAGGCGUCUGUCUUGGGAUUUACUUUGAGCGGAGGAAGCUCAGCGAGUAUUUUGACUAUCCACAGCUUCCAGGUCUUCCAUUAUGUGGGACAGUUUCUGCCGCAUCUCCACUCACCAUUGAAGAAAAAUCUGGUGUACCAGUACCUCCACCCACUCCAAAUGACGGGAAGGUGGCCCCUAAUCGAGUAGGACAAAUCAUGAAGUAUGGCUUUCCAAGUUUGGCGAACAUAAGGUCCUACGACGAUUAUGUUUUAUCAUAUGAUCAAAGAAACCGUGUUGCGCAUUGGGUCUUUGAACAUCUAACUAAAGAAACUUUGAAGAAAAAUGAAACAAUUGACCGCUCAAAGUGCGAGUUCCGGGAAGAUCCCUCUAUUCACCAUUUUUUCAGGUCAACAAAUAUGGAUUAUAAAAGGAGUGGUUAUGAUAGAGGUCAUCUGGCUGCAGCUGGAAAUCAUAGACUUCACCAAAAACAUGUUGAGCAAACCUUCCUCCUCUCCAAUAUGGCACCUCAAGUCGGCCCUGGCUUUAAUCGUGACUCUUGGAACAGGCUUGAAAAGUAUGUUCGAAAACUAACAGACAGUUAUGCAAAUGUGUAUGUCUGUACCGGCCCUUUAUACCUCCCAAGGAGAGAAAGUGAUGGGAAACUGUACAUCAGUUAUCAAGUUAUAGGUCCAAAUAAUGUUGCUGUGCCGACGCAUUUCUUCAAAGUGGUGGUCAUGGAAUCUAAAGAUCGUCGAUUAGAGAUGGAAGCAUACCUGAUGCCGAAUAAAGCUAUUGAAAAUGAUACUCCGCUCCAUGUGUUUCAGGUUCCUCCAGAGAGCAUUGAACGCGCAGCUGGUCUCCUUUUCUUUGAUCGAAUCUCACGGGAUAAGCUAGAGAAGAUCAACGGAAAGAAAACAACUUACAUUUAAAUUCCUUUGUUGUUUUUAAUUGAAGAACUAGAAAGAGCGAUAACUUUUAUUCAUGCAUUCGGUUAAAUGCUUUGAUUCAGCAUUCUUCACCCUGAAGGCAGUCAUUUUAUGGUGAGAAGCAUUUAACCUCUGCCAUAAAGUUUUUUAGGUCUAUCAAAAUAAUCAACUAAAGUUGAAUUAAGGAAACAUUGUGAAAGCAUGAUGAGGAUGCUCAACAUAAUGGAACAAGUAUGAAAAUCCAUCUGUAAAAGGUAUCAUUCAAAACGUUCUAAUCCUUGCUCACAAGAAUAAAAGUGGUACUGUUAAUAUUGAAUUCUUUACCCCAUGAAAAGAAUCAUUUUUAUGAAUUCUUUUGAACUGUACCUUAGAAAAUUAACUAGGACAUAGUCAUGUUAAGACUGAAUAAAUACUUACAAAUGUAGACAAAUCACCGAGAAAUAACAAAGUGAAUAAUCAUUUUUAAUAUGUAAGAUUCCCAAGGAAUAAAUCAUAGAAUGAAAAUUAGGAGAAACAUCAAGACCUGCGAGAUGAGUAAUACAAUUCUAAAAUUCAGAAUUAGGACAAUCUUCGCCUCUUUUCUCUUUUUAUUUCACAUUUUUUUAUCUCAUGAAAAGACCAAAGGAUAUGUUUAUUUCUGCAACAAAUGGCACAUAGUAUACAUCUUCUUAGUUCUUAUCAUGAAAAAUCACCAAAUAUUAUAUUUUUACCUUUUUUUCCAAUUGCUUUACAUUUUCAUCCACAUUGGAUUUUAAUAAGCCUUUUCAUUUUCCUACUUUUCCUUCGCCUGUCUCUUGAGUUUAUCUUAGUCCAAGCUUUUAAAAUAUGAUUUCACUAGAUGUAAGUUUUAUCUUAUAACAAAAAUUCUUUAAAAGACAGGGAAAGAAAAUGAUAUUUUAUCUGCAAGACUGUUUUCUUAUCUUUUUCUGAAUAAUAUUUCACUGUCUUAAGUCCAUGAUCACUUUUUGUGUAUUGGCCUUAUCAUGCCUUGCCUUGAGUACAUUUAUUUAUUUUAUCGCUUAAGAGGUCAAAGUGGAUCGUAUUUAGUAAAACGGAACCAGCAUGAUUACCGUGUUUUAAAAAUUGUGCAAAUUCUUUUUCUCUUUUAAAAAUACUAAAUAUAUGUACAGUAUUAAAUUUUAUUCCCUCAUAAAAUUAACAAUUUUUUGUUGGAAUGCCAAAACUUUUUGCUAUUUUGGUCGAUUUUUUAAUAAGAAUGAAGGAACAACAUUUUAACAACACUGUAAAUGAGAUGGUUCCUUUUUGCUAAAUGCGAUCCAAGUAAGAACUGUUUAAUGUAAGAUAAAUAUUAAGAGAUCGCUCUGUUACAAAAGCCCUACGAACUUUAAAACUGAUUUUCAACAGAAAGUUUCCCAUAUGUAGCUGUCCACAAGAAAAGGGGCUAGUCUCCAGUCUUUUUGUCUACUAUGAAUGAUCUAUGGAAGAAAAGUCUAAUUACUAUGACCCUCUGUCAUUUGGUCUACAAGCAUAGUGUCUAUUUAAAACAAAUUAAAGUUUUUAAACUAACUUGUCAAAAAUCGCGCUCCUGAUUUUUUUCCCUGUUUAUACUUAGCCCAUUUUUCUCAUAAAUGAUCAUAUCAAAGGCCAGACUUCCCGGCAAUCUUCAAUCACUUUCUUUAAAUUUUUCCCCAAUUUGAAGGCUACCUUUGAAACUAUUUAACUAAGAAACUGAAAGUUUAUAUUAUUAUUCCAGCCGCACGGAGCAGAGGGGUUGAACUUCUACUUUUUACCCCAUUUAAAAAUAUCACAAAAUAAUGCCUUGCAGCCCCAUAUUUGCAAUGCAUCUUGAUUUUUCUAAAAAUGUUCGUUACGGCCCUUUUGCUCUAAUAUUGCUACUAAUAUGAGACCAUUAAAAUGAUGAAAACUGAGGUGCAAACAUUGUGAUUGAUUCUAUCUCUAUUCAAAUUUAUUCUUUUAAUUAUUGUCUUUCAAAUUUAUAGCAUGUUAGCGACAAAUAUUCUGUUAAUAGAAAUUUCCUGUGAAAUUUGAUUUUUGCUUGUCAGUGCGUCAAAAGUUUUUUAAGAAAUUAUAUUCACUGUCUCACUGACAGUAUGUAAUUUCUUAAACUUAGUAAUAACUUACUUUGUGGAAGAAAAUGCAAUUUUAUCAUAGGAUAGGACUGAAAUCACUACAGUUCUCUUUUAAACGUUUCAAAAACUUUAGUCAAAGCUAGCCAUUUUAAAAAAUCAUUGGAUACUUGCGUGAAUGUCUUUUUGUACUUGUGUGUAAAUAGUUAAAUUUGUAUCUAGACUUUAAUUUGUAAACUGGACAACAGCCAUCGUGGAAGAACGUGAAGUAACUGUCAUGCCUUCAUCUUCAGGUGCCAUUCACCUUUUUCAUUGGUAGCCCAUGAUUCUUUUUCAGUCUUUACUUUUACUGUACCCGAAUCCUCUUUAAUAUCUCCUUCAUUUGAAAUGUUUUCCAAAAGAACAGCCUACUAUUGUAUUCUCUUUCUCGCAGGAAUAAAGUCAUUGUUAUUUUGCUGUUAAAAAUUGUUACAAUAAAGUUUUUUUAUGUGUUAA